AACACACACGGCUCUCUCUCUCUCUCUCUCUCGAUUGAGCGGCGCUCAAAGCUGUUGCGCGCUUUUCCUUCUGAUCGAAUGGUCGCGCCGCAAGGUCGCGAGCUUUUUCCAUACGGCGCGUCUGCUGUCGGAUAGUGUCGGUGAACCUUUUGUAUUGUAUCGAUAACCGGUGACGCAAACGCGCCGCUUUCGGCUCGCUCUCCUCCGCGCGCGCAGAAAAUAAAUUCGAACGCGGCGAGAGAGAGAGAAGCGCGCACGCCUGCGAAAGAAGCCGCGAAAAGAAAGAGGAGAAGUCUGUUCUCCGCUUCAAUCGAGCGCUUCUUCCGCGCAUCGUCGAUCCACCCGAUCGAAGACUUUCCUGUGACCCUGACCCCGCCGCCGGGCCGGCUCAAUUAGCCGUCGAGUGCGCGCCGGAAAUACCUGGAAUUCGUUCCCGAGGGAUGAUCGGUAAUGCGCGCGGUUGAGGAAAAACCGGCGUAAAAAGCGAGACGCGCGUGAGGACGUUCAACCGCGGGCGAAAAAUUUCCGCUGGGAAUUCCACGAUGUCACGAUGCCGACGCGACGAUGACGGGAGCGGCGAUCGGCGGAGAAUGUCGCCGAUUGAUUGUUGACUGGCUAAUUGACUGACUGACCUAUCGACCGGCUUCGUCUUGUGAGUGCGCGAGGGGGCGUGCGAAGGGCGAGGGUUUCUUCCGACCGACGAGGUGCGAACGCGCUGAAUGAAAGUCUUACUAUGCUAAGAUAUGACGACGAAGAGCCGUCUUCGAGCCUGCACCCACGAGACGUAAUCACGUGGGAGCCAAUCGGUGAGACUUGGCGGCGUGCGAAGCUGGUGUCCGCGAGUACCGAAAGCUGGGGCACCUCGACGAGGAGAAGGUCCUGGAGGAGGAGGAGGUGGCUCGCAGGCGGGAGGGAAGCCAGGAGGUGACUAUCUACCCCACAUGGACGCCACCCCCAAAGGACCCCCCGUACCCCCCACACCGGAUAUCCUGUCGUCAUUAUCUCGCCGCGGAAUAUCCGACUUGAUUGUCGCGGUGCCGCGCCGUGCCUUACGUCGCUGUCAACGUCGUCGAAUAUCAUCCAGGCCCCCUCCGUUGCUCGUUCUCGUACGUCGCAGAACACGGAGAACAUCAUCCCCGUCAUCACCCACGUGCCUCAGUAGACCCCUUCGUCCUCUGCGCCCCGCGGUGGUGGAAGGAUCGCCGGCGACUCCUCGUCGUCUCCUCCUCAGCAUCCUGCGAGUGGAGCGUCGUCAUCCGCAGAGAUUGUUCGUCGCUGCUGGCAGCGAAACGACUAUCCUGUCCGGAAAUUACCGUCGCGUCUGUCGGCGAGAGCUGUACCUGCCGACGACGACGACAAGGACGUCGAUCGCCCGGACGGAGGGAGAGUUUUUUACGCACGCUUUUGCACCGCGUAGACGCGCGUUUGAUGCUCGCUCUACAACCAGCCACACCGACCAAAGUCGCGACGGGAGAUCGCUCCGUCUAACGGCCGUCAUCCUCCGCGUCGGACAUAUCGACAGACUCCGUCCACAAACGCCUAACUCGAAAGUACAGCCUAAAACACUACGCGAACAAUGUCGCGCAGCGCUGCCACGCGGCCUAUGCAAGAAGCGCUCGCGCGCCCAGGCAGUCCAGGAGAACCUGAGAUGCCCCUCCGAGGCGUCGCCGCGGCAAGGAGGGCUCCCGUGUCUGGGAUUUCCGCGAGUCGAAAUUUCCGCGGCGCUCACGGAGAGCCGAGGAGCCUCGGCGGGAUUCUCUGAAGCUUCCUCGCAGGGACGAACAAUCGCGCUCCUGAGUGCUCCUCCGAGUGAGCAGAAAAGGAAGAAAGAAAGAGAGCACGUACGCGUCGCGGGGUGGUGGUACCGGGAGAGAGAAUGUCGAUCGGACGACGACGACGACGACAGGGUUGCCGGAACGACGACGAGAGGCAGUCGAGUGGAAACGGUGGUGGUGCGGCCGGGAGCGGAAUUAGGAUCGCGAGGGGCCAGCUGGCGGACUAAUGCGGUCCCGCGAUGAUCCGCGAGGACGAGACGGUGGUGGGCCCCAGGUGGAACUAUGUAAGAGGCGCAGCGCGCGGGAGAGACGAGGUCGUCUCGCCGCCGGCGCGGCUCAGGUGCCACGUGGUAGAAGAGGUGAAGGACUGCGACGAGGCCGGGGAUGCCGCGCGUCGUGGCGUCACAGCGACCACAGCGAGGACGACGGCGACAACGACGACGUCUACGUCCAGGAGCAGCGAGGAUGGCCGCAGAUGCUCGAACCAAGAGGCCGAGGAGGAGGACGACGUCGGNGGCGGCAGCCGCAGAAAGCGGAAGAAGCGGCGGAAAACGCGCAGCAGGCAGCUGCAGCUGCAGCAACAACCGGAGGUGACGGUAACCGGCGGAGGAGGUGGUCAGCGGUCGCACGCGGUGCUGACCCUCGCCUCGUCGUCCGACGAGGUCGAGGCGGUGGGCGAGUGCUCGAAGAGGGACUCGUCGAGCAGCCUGGGCGGCGUCAGCCGCCACAACACCCUGCGGGAGUCCCUGCUCACGGUGUUGGGCAAGCUGGUGAUCUGGAAGGGCACCAGGUACCGCUCCGCCACCGCCGCCUCGUCCUCCUCGUCGGUGCCGCCGAACUCGCCGCCUCCCACCGAGUGCAUCGGUCGUAGCACGUCCUUCUUCUCCAGCGAAACAGAGAGGCGGAUUCGCGCCAACAAUCGGGAGUACAACUCACAAUUUAAUUAUGCGAAUAAUUACAUCAAGACGUCCAAGUAUUCGGUUUUGACGUUCCUACCGUUAAAUUUGUUCGAGCAAUUUCAGCGGCUCGCCAACUUCUACUUCCUAUGCCUGUUGGUGCUUCAGAUGAUCCCCGCCAUAUCCUCCUUAACCCCUAUCACCACAGCAAUACCGCUUAUAGGGGUACUCACGCUCACUGCCGUCAAAGAUGCCUAUGACGACUUUCAACGGCAUAGCAGCGAUUCUCAAGUAAACAAUAGGAAGUCCCGAACACUGCGGGGUACUAAUCUUCGUGAGGAGAAAUGGUCGCAGGUCCAGGUGGGCGACGUAAUCAGAAUGGAGAACGACCAGUUUGUCGCGGCGGACGUUCUGCUCCUGACGACGAGCGAGCCAAACGGUCUCUGUUACAUCGAAACGGCGGAGUUGGACGGAGAGACGAACUUGAAGUGUCGUCAGUGCCUGCCGGAAACCGCCGAGAUGAUGGAUAACCACGAGUUGAUCGGCCAGUUCGACGGAGAGAUCGUUUGCGAAACCCCUAAUAAUUUGUUGAACAAAUUCGACGGAACGCUCACGUGGAGGGGGCGAAAAUACGCAUUGGAUAACGACAAGAUUAUUUUGCGUGGUUGCGUGCUCAGGAACACGCAAUGGUGCUAUGGCAUGGUGAUCUUUGCGGGCAAGGAUACCAAACUGAUGCAAAACUCAGGGAAGACCAAAUUUAAGAGGACCUCUAUAGAUAGACUGCUGAAUCUCCUCAUCAUCGGGAUAGUGUUUUUUUUACUUUCCCUGUGUUUGUUCUGUAUGAUCGGCUGUGGUAUUUGGGAGAGCCUCCUCGGCCGUUAUUUCCAAGUGUAUUUACCGUGGGACUCGUUAGUGCCGAGCGAGCCCAUUGCCGGCGCAACGGUGAUCGCCCUGCUCGUAUUCUUUUCGUACUCGAUCGUGCUGAACACGGUGGUGCCAAUCAGUUUGUACGUGAGUGUCGAGGUGAUCCGGUUCGUUCAGUCGUUUUUGAUCAAUUGGGACGAGGAGAUGUACUACGCGCCCACGAAUACGCACGCUAAAGCUAGGACUACCACGUUAAACGAGGAGCUGGGCCAAAUAGAAUACAUAUUUUCCGACAAGACCGGGACCCUGACGCAGAACAUAAUGACUUUUAAUAAGUGUUCUGUGGCGGGCAAGUGUUAUGGCGACGUCAUCGACGAGGUCACCGGCGAGGUCAUCGAUUUGAGCGAGACAAUGCCGCCCCUGGACUUCUCGUUUAACAAGGACUACGAGCCGGAAUUCAAGUUCUACGAUCCCGCGCUGCUCGAGGCCGUGAAACGAGAGAAUCAGGACGUCCACAUUUUUUUCCGGCUGCUGGCGCUCUGUCACACCGUUAUGCCGGAGGAGAAGAACGGCAAGAUCGAAUAUCAGGCGCAGUCGCCGGACGAGGCUGCCUUGGUGUCCGCCGCGAGGAACUUCGGCUUCGUCUUCAAGGAGAGAUCACCGAACAGCAUAACGAUCGAAGUAAUGGGGAAGAAGGAGAUUUACGAGCUGCUCUGUAUCCUGGACUUCAAUAACGUGCGGAAGAGGAUGUCGGUGAUUCUGCGGAAGGACGGACACCUGCGACUGUACUGCAAAGGCGCCGAUAACGUGAUCUACGAGCGACUGAAGAAGGAUAGCGAGGAGAUAAUGACGAAGACACUGGACCACCUGAAUAAGUUCGCCGGUGAAGGCUUGAGAACACUGUGCCUUUCCGUGAGGGACUUGGACGAGAGCUUUUUCAAUAAUUGGAAACAACGGCAUCAGGAGGCGGCGUUGAGCCAUGAAAACAGGGACGACAAGUUAGAUGCGAUUUACGAAGAGAUCGAGAAGGAUAUGUCGUUACUGGGUGCUACUGCCAUCGAGGACAAGUUGCAGGACGGUGUGCCUCAGACCAUCGCCAAUCUCGGUGUAGCCGGUAUUAAACUCUGGGUGUUGACCGGCGACAAGCAGGAAACGGCCAUCAACAUCGGAUACUCGUGUCAGUUGCUGACGGACGAUCUCACGGAUGUCUUCGUGGUGGACGCCACCACUUACGACGGCGUGGAGACGCAGCUGAUGCGGUAUUUGGAUACCAUUAAGACAACCUCGACCCAACAGAACCGGCCGACACUCUCCAUCGUCACAUUCAGGUGGGACAAGGAAAGCAGCGAUACAGAGUAUAAUCCUAGCAGAGACGAGCAGGACGAGCACGAGAUGGAACACUCGACGGGAUUUGCACUGGUUAUCAAUGGACAUUCUUUGGUUCACGCGUUGCAUCCGAAGUUGGAGCAUCUUUUUCUCGAAGUAUCCAGCCAAUGUAAAGCCGUGAUAUGCUGUCGGGUGACGCCGCUGCAGAAGGCGAUGGUCGUCGAAUUAAUUAAGAAGAAUAAGUCCGCGGUGACUCUGGCAAUUGGCGACGGCGCCAACGACGUCUCAAUGAUAAAAACAGCUCACAUCGGCGUUGGUAUCAGCGGACAGGAAGGACUGCAGGCCGUCUUAGCCUCCGAUUAUUCGAUAGGGCAAUUUAGGUUCUUGGAAAGGCUACUUCUGGUUCACGGCAGAUGGUCGUACUAUAGAAUGAGCAAAUUCCUUAGGUAUUUUUUUUAUAAAAACUUCGCAUUCACCCUCUGCCACAUCUGGUUCGCCUUCUUCUGCGGAUUCAGCGCACAAACUGUGUUUGAUCCCAUGUACAUCUCCGUCUACAAUCUGUUUUACACCUCGUUACCGGUGCUGGCAGUUGGCAUUUUCGAUCAGGACGUUAACGAUAAGAACAGCUUGAUGUAUCCGAAACUGUACGCGCCGGGACUGCAGAAUCUGCUCUUCAAUAAGAAGGAAUUUUGUUGGAGCGCUCUGCAUGGGUUUUACGCCAGUUGUGUAUUAUUUUUAGUACCUUAUGGGACAUACAGGGACGGAGUGUCGCCAAAGGGUUAUGUACUUUCUGAUCAUAUGCUGUUCGGCAGUGUAGUGGCCACCAUAUUAGUGAUAGUCGUGACCGUUCAAAUAGCCCUCGACACGUCGUACUGGACAGUUUUCAAUCACAUCAUGGUGUGGGGCUCGCUCAUUUGGUAUUUUAUUUUAGAUUACUUCUACAACUUCGUCAUAGGCGGUAGUUACGUCGGCAGUCUCACGAUGGCUAUGUCGGAGGCGACCUUUUGGUUCACAACGGUGAUAUCCUGCAUUAUUCUCGUGAUACCGGUUCUGUCGUGGAGAUUCUUCUUCAUGGACGUCAGACCGACACUGUCCGACCGAGUCAGACUGAAGCAAAGAUUGGCGCAGCUGCGUUCCCGCCAGAGCCAGGAUAUACUACGUACACCGUCUACAAGACGUACACGGCGUUCUUUACGCUCGGGCUACGCCUUCGCCCACCAGGAGGGCUUUGGCAGGCUCAUCACGUCCGGGAAGAUUAUGCGCAAAUUGCCAAAUGGUGCUGACUUUAAGUUCGCUAUGCCAUUCACAAACAACGUUACGAAGCAGGUGAACGUUGCCACUACGUCACCAAAGGAUAAUAGUGCAUCUAGGAAUUCGCACACACUGGACACGAUUAAUUUAUAGUUGGAACGUUUAGUCGAUCCCUUCUCUCAGCGAAGACACUGAAAGUGCAGGUGACUAGCGAGCUCUUCUUGAUUUACUUAGUUACGGAUGUUAGGGUCGAGAUCUAACGCGACGAAUUUUACCGGUUCCGGUGUAUCCCAUUGAAAUCGUGUUCCCCCGAUAUCACUUUUGUGGUAAUUGAGAGACGCAGGGUGAUAUUGUGUAUGCAGUAUUCGAGGGUAUCUCGCGGAAGAGUCGAUAUCUGUGAUUUUACGUUACAUUUAAUUUAUUUCUCUUUUUUUUCCUCUCUCUCCCUCCCUCUCUCUNCUCUCUCUCUCUCUCUCUCUCUCUCUCUCUCUCUCUCUCUCUCUCUCUUUAUUCUUCAGAAAUAUUAGAGAUAUCUUGAAUUAUAUCAAGUAAGGGCAAAAUUUCUUGAACAAUUAGAACCCCUAUUGUGAUCUACAACGUAUGCCUAUGAACAACGAUAGUGAUAAAUGUUGAAAUAAAUGCAGAAAUAACUUUGUUGAUGCGUGUGUAUCUUUAACGCAAUGGAUUCCAGUGGGAUACAUUGAGUUACACUACUACAAUAGAAGUAGCAUACGCUAUUUACGUCUAUACAUCACUGUUGAGCAUUUAUGCAUCCAUUACAGUUUAUGACUUAAAUGUUACGUACUCACGUGUUCAAUCAUUUCUCAGCUAUAUUUUUGCACACUUAUUGAAUAAACGUGCGGAGCACGCAUAUAUUUGAUUUAACAUUUUGGCCGCAUAAUUAUGUACGUAAAUAGUAAUAUAUGUUCUAUGCCGUAUGGAAAAAUAGCUUAUGCUACAAUAUAGAUUUAUGUUUUCAAUUGUUACUGUGAAAUUUUCGUAUAUAUGAAAAUGAUCUUGAAUAUUCGCACACUGUAUGAUAUUUUGUUCAAUGAAAGUCUCGAAAACAAGAAAAAAACAGCAACUAUAUAUAUUUUUUUAUUUCGUAUAUUCUCAUAUAGAAACAACGUUGGAAGCAAGUAUUAAGAGAAAAUGCAGCGAAAUGUACAUUUUCCGUCAAUUUGAUCUACAAUUAUAACGUUUGUUUUCAAACAUCUGAUAAUCGAAUAGAGAUUACAGUUACUUACUUACGCGUAUUAUCGAUGAGAUGUUAAUUUAUAGAAACGACACGCAAAAUUGUCGGUUAUGCCGUGUAAUUUACAGGGCAUUUCUCUCGCUAAAUAAUUGGAACCCCGAAUAAUUGGGGGGGAAAACAAAUAUAUAUUCGGCAUUUUAGUAUUCGCAAUAUUCUGUGGAUAACUUUCGACCCGUUUUUUUUUUCUUUUUUUUCCCCCGGAAACGUUAGCACGAGGAUAACGGUUAUGCAAUAACGGUGGAAGAAAUAAUUCGCGUUGUCAUGCACUCCUUGUGUACAUAUAUAUAGAAGUAUUGCAUAGAGGUGUCAAAAGUCUUGUAAUAUCCUACCUUGUAUCAUAUAAUUAACCUAGUGCGAACAUGAUUAUUGUAAAAACAAAAAAAAACACGUUUACACGAUAUACUAUUACGGUAAGGAUGAUAGUUACAUUCAUAAUUGCCUUUAUAAAACAUUAAUACAACAAACGAUUAAAAUAUUGUACUAUAGCGCGCAUUGAUUGUAAAUAUUUUAAAGAGAUAUAUAUAUUAUAUUAAAUGUUAAGUAUAUAUACAUUUUUUAAAAGAAAGUAAUAUAUAGAUAGAUCGAUCUAAAGAAAUACGAAGAUAGUAGCUAUAUUGUAUUACACUAUCGCGAAUGAAGUUUGCCUUGGACUGACUACUGAAUACAUAUAAUAUUAAAGUAAAAGAAGAAAAAAAACACAGUAGCAACAAUGGAGUAUGUAUUUCUACUUUUAAUAUUACAACAAUGUGAAGUUAGGGAGAAAUAGAGUCUGUGCGCGGGGAAAGUAAUGUUCCACAAUCAAAUUAUCAUUUAAAACGGGGGAGGACAUAGGAUUUCGUUUUGCUUUUGAACGUUGUGCCUAAUCGUCGAACUAUACACGUAUACACACUUACACAAAGAGCGUGAUGAGCUCCUGUAAAAUCUCAUUGGUUUACGUUACCGGUUUACGUUUGAUUAUAUGUGAUGUACACUUCGUCUUCUAUGUGAAUAAAAAGCGUAUUUACUUUAAA